AGGCUCAGUAACAAAGCAAACUCGGUUCACAUCCUGUGUCUGAGUAACUGUUAUUCACACGACAUCUGUGUAAUUAUUAUUAUGAUAGAACACACUGACAAAAAUCACGACGUGCCGAUCAGUCUAGGUAGCUAUAUAGUUACCAUACGCAUGUGCAUUGAGUGCAGUUGACUGACGCGCAACAGGGACAGACACCUUGCCGGCAAGCAAAUGUUUUCUAGUUUGAAACGAUACAAGCAAGGCUAGUACAACGCUGUGUUGUGCAGGUGUAGUGUCAGCUUGUCAUGGGAGUGCAAGGACUUUGGAAGCUGCUUGAGAGCACAGGGAAGCCCAUCAAUCCAGAGACGCUGGAAGGGAAGAUUCUGGCUGUCGACAUCAGCAUUUGGCUGAACCAGGCCGUGAAGGGGGUGAGGGAUCGGGAUGGGAACAGCGUGCAGAAUGCCCACCUCCUCACGCUCUUCCACCGGCUCUGCAAGCUGCUCUUCUUCCGCAUCAGGCCCGUCUUCGUCUUCGACGGAGACACGCCGCUGCUCAAGAGGGAGACUGUGGCCAAAAGGAGGCAGCGGAAGGAGGAGAUGACCCGAGAGUCCAAGCAGACCAAUGAGAAGCUUCUCAAGACCCUCAUGAAGAGACAAGCAAUAAGAGCAGCGCUGGGGGAGAGGAGUCAAGAGGAAUUCCCAAGCAUUUCCUCUGUGAGAAGAGAGGAGGUGGACGAUAUGUACGUUUUGCCUGCACUGGAGGAGAAGGAGGAGAACAGCUCCGAUGAGGAGGAGGAGAAAGAGUGGGAGCAGACAGAGCAGAGGCAAUAUAUGUUUCAGGAGAUGAUGUUUGAGAACCCUAACGCUAUGGACAUUGACUCAGAGGAAUUCGCCGUCUUACCUGCAGAAAUGAAACACGAGAUCCUGAAGGACAUGAAAGAGUUCAGCAAGAGGCGCCGCACCAUGUUUGAGAAGCCUCCUGAGAGAUCUGGGGACUUCUCUCAGUACCAGCUGGCGGGCCUGCUGCAUCGGAACAAGCUGAACCACCGUAUCGAGGGUGUGGAGAAGGAGAUGAACCAGAGGAGUUCUGGGGCAGUGGUGGAGCAGUACAGGGGAGAGGAGGGGGAGGGGCACAACGUGGAGACCCAGCGCCUCGUGUCUGAGGACACCUCUCACUACAUCCUCAUCAAAGGGUCUAAGAACAGUGAGAAAGCUGUAGAGAAGCAGCCAGCUGUGCUGCCAUGGGCAAGCAGCACCAGAGCGGCGAGGAAGAGACCGGAGCCACUGUGGCGACCUGUGUCAGAGGACAGCCCUGAGGAGGAGCCACCCUCACCACCUGGCAGGGACGACACAGCCGGGGCACCUCCCUCCCCCCGGACCCUGCAGGCCAUCCAGGCAGCCAUGAUGGACAGCGGCUCAGAUGAGGACAGCGAAGUCAGGAGCUGGGAACCGGAAAAUCUGCAGGUCGCAGGGCCACCUUCCCCUCGCACCCUGCUGGCCAUCCAGCGUGCCCUGACAGAGGACCACACAGCCCCCCCUCAGCAUGCAGAGUUACCCCGCAAUGCCUCACCCAUCGGAGGCUGCGUCAUUAUCAGCAGCUCUGAGGAGGAGGUGGAGGAGGCCACCGAAAAAAGAAACGGGGCCUUCAGCUCCACCGUACAGUUUGACAGCAUGGGACUGAAGGAGAGAACAGGGCAGGGGGAGAACGAGGGACAGACGGAGGGUGAGGGACUGAGGCAGAGCGAAGAACAGAGGGAGAGCGAGGGUCCAAGGGAGAGUGCAGAACAGGGGCAGAGAGCAGGACGAAAGGAGAGUGAGGGACAGAGAGAGAGUGCAGAGCUGACGGAGAGUGUAGACCGCAAGCAGGAUGGAUGCCUUAUUCCCCACACUCUCGAAGAUGCAGAGUUCUCCGAUUCCAGCUCUUCAGAUGUCUCCCUGGAGAAACCACUGAACCAACUGAACUCUAUACAGAGAGAGGCUCUGAAUGGAGGCAGCAACUGGGAAGAGUCUCACCCUGCAGCUGCUGUACAUGCUUGUCCACUCAGUCAACAGGAAGUGGCCACCAAGACAGGAAGUACCUCUGAAGAUGCCCAACAGGAAAGACCUCUGAGAGCUGUCACCCCACUGCCUGCCCAAAAUUCAGAGGAAAGUGAGCAGGGGGUGAGACAGAGUGUGGAGGAGGGGGAGAGUGAAGAUAGUGAAUCACAAGAGAGCUUCAUCGAGGUGUCUGAGGAAGAGGAAGAGGAGGAGGAGGAGGAGGAGGUGGAGCCAGAUGAUCAACCCUUGAAGAUGGAAGAAGAGAACUGGACAGAGAAGGCCCCUGAAGGAGUGGAGGGAGAGGAGGGAGAAGGGGGAGAUCCCCCAUCAGAGUCCUCAUGUUACGGGUCUCCCUCUCCAAAUGGUGAGAAGCAGCAGGAUAUCCAGCCCCCCCAAGAGCCCCCCCAGGAGCCUUCCCCUGCUCCUGCUGCCAACGACUGGGCCCACAUUGACAUGGAGGAGCUAGUGCAGCUGGAGAGCUCUCUGCAGUCACAGGAGAGCAGCCUGAAGGCGCAGAAACAGCAGCAGGAGCGUGUCGCUGCCACGGUCACAGGGCAGAUGUGCCUAGAGAGUCAGGAGCUGUUGCGUCUCUUUGGCGUGCCCUUCCUGGUGGCGCCGAUGGAAGCGGAGGCCCAGUGCGCAGUGCUGGACCGAUCGGACCAGACCCACGGCACCAUCACCGACGACAGUGACAUCUGGCUCUUCGGUGGCCGCCACGUCUACAAGAACUUCUUCAGCCACAGUAAAUACGUGGAGCACUACCAGUACCUCGACCUUCAGGCUCAGCUGGGCCUGGACCGCUCCAAGCUCAUAAAUCUGGCAUAUCUGCUUGGCAGUGACUACACGGAGGGCAUUGCAGGUGUGGGAUAUGUGACAGGCAUGGAGAUCCUCAAUGAAUUCCCAGGACCAGGCAUGGAGCCGCUAAUCAGUUUCUCUGAGUGGUGGAAAGAGGCCCAGGAGAAUAAGAAGCUGGUUGCAAAUCCCAAUGAAACCAAAGUAAAGAAGAAGCUGAGAAACAUCGAGCUGCAUCCCGGCUUUCCCAAUCCUGCGGUCGCCCAGGCCUACCUGCAGCCCGCCGUGGACCAAUCCAGCGCCACCUUCACCUGGGGCCGGCCCGACCUGGAGAACAUCAAGGAUUUCUGUCUGAGUCGCUUCGGCUGGAGCGGCAAGAAGACAGAGGACGUUCUACAGCCGGUCAUGAAGCAGCUCAGCGUGCAGCAGACGCAGCUGAGGAUCGACUCCUUCUUCCGCCUGGAGCAGCAGGACCGCCAAGCCAUCCGGAGCCAGCGCCUGCGGCGGGCCGUCACCUGCCUGAAGAGGAAGGAGCAAGGCGAGGAAGAGGAGGAUGAAGAGGACAGCUCCCCAACAAAGACCAAAAAGGGGAAGACAGGGGAGGAGGAGGAGAAGGCCAAGUCUGAGGAGCCGGCGAAGUGGGCAGGGGGGUUCCUGGGGUCGGGAGACUCCACCCUCUCUCUGGGUGCAGUGGAAGGGGCUGGAGACUGGAAAGAGGAGGCCGCCCCCCGCGUGGCUCCGCCAAAACUCAGCAGCCUAAAGGCAGAACGCAGCAGCAGCAGCGGGGAGGACAGUGACUAUGACGAUAAAGUUGCCAUGGUCACCGCGCGCUCUGUGUUCCAGAGUAAACCUCAGGGUCGGGGACGGAGAGGAGGGCGGGGGAAGAACAAGAGGAAAGUGUGAGAACAACACUGUCGCCCAGG